AUGGUGUCGCUCGAUGAUGUAAAGAGGCAUAAUGCUAGUCUAAAAGACUUUGGCCCGAACCUGGUUGCCGUAUUUGUUGGUGGAACGAGCGGAAUCGGCGAAGCAACCGCCCGUGCAUUUGUUCGUGACACGGUAUCCUCGCGAGUCUACCUUGUUGGGCGGAACGAGGCCCAGGCAUCCAAAAUUAUCCAGGAAUUGCGCCAGCUUAACCCGGACGGGCAGAUCAGUUUCGUCAAAUGCGACGCUGCGAAUCUCAAAAGUGUCGAUGAAGUAUGUAAGACAAUUCAGCAAAAGGAGAAUCAUAUCAACCUAUUAUUCAUGACCGUUGGCAUUUUUACCACCAAGGGUCGCGAUGAGACUGACGAAGGGCUGGACAAGAAGUUCAGUUUGAAUUAUUAUUCUCGUAUGCGGUUCUUGUUCAAUCUGCUGCCUCAGUUGACAGCUGCGAGUAAAGUCGACUCUGCUACCGGAAUUGGCCUUGGUCACAACUUAUCGAGAGUGGUGUCCGUGCUGUCUGCCGGUGAUGAGGGACCUCUGAAUAUGGAUGAUCUCUCCUUGAAGAAUAAUUUUUCUCUCCGAAACUGCGCCAGGCAUACGAUUACCAUGACCUCACUGUCCAUGGAAGAGCUGGCCGCGGCACACCCAGCAACAUCAUUUGUUCAUGCAUACCCGUCAGCAGUCAAGACAGGCCUCACGCGUGGAUUGGGGCCGAUUGCGCGAGGUGCAUUGGAGGGGAUCUAUUUCCUUGCUAAGCCAUUUUUUGUUCCCCUUGACGAGAGUGGAGAGCGUCAUCUUUAUGCUGCUACAAGUCCUCGCUUCUCUCCGCGAGAGGCCAAGGAUGUUGCAGAUGCUGCACCUGGUUCCGAUGGGGAGAAGGGCAGUGGUGCAUAUCUCCUGCACUGGGAUGGGUCCGAUAAUGGGAACAAGAAGCCUCUUCAAGAACUUCGUAAGAACGAUACUGGGAAGACGGUGUGGAAGCAUACACUGGAUACGUUUGAUUCGAUUUGUGACCCGAGCUAG